AUGUGGUUCUGUUCAACUUCUCUUCCCUUGGCUACUAUCAUGUCUGUGAUAAUAAUCCUUCCAAGUUCCGAUGGUCAUGCAUUAGGUGGAGGUUCAAAUGGGUUUGGAUGUUGCAUGACACCAUGUCCACUCAAAGUACCUACCUGUGAAUGCCCUUGUCGAUUACCUUUGUUACCACAAUCGCCUUUAAUGCUACCGCAAUCACUGCCCUUGUUUCCACCAUUACCCACAUUUCCACAAUUUCCGGCAUAUCCUAAUGGUGCUUAUGCUGUGCCAGAUAAUAGUAAUGUACGGCAGCAAAUGGUUGAAAAUGGAUAUUCGCAACAACCUUACACAUAUAAAACACUGCCAAGCAUUUCAAAUCAACAGCGCCCAUCAUAUCAAAAUGCGGGAGCAUAUGGUUACAGUGUAAAUCAACUUGAACAACCAACUGGCAGCGUUUCCACUGGUUAUGCAACUGGUUCGUAUGGUCUCGGAAAUGGUAACUUCGGUGAUUAUUCUUCUGCGUACAGCCUUCCACAAAGCGGACUGAAUGAAAAUAGAUUUAGUGCACUGCCACAACAGGUACCAGUUUCUGGUGCGGGACAGUAUAUGUCUGGGCCACUAAGCCACGCACUGCAGUCUGAUACUCCUCUGGCUGUUACGGCAGAUACUGCUGGAACCGAAUAUAAUUCAUCACCAACAGCAGGCGACUAUGAAAAGAAAACCAAGGCAUUUUUGAAAAUGCGCAAAAGUCAGUUGGCGUAA